CGCGCGCGUCGCCGCGUCCCCCUUUCCGCUCUGGUCUCCCUCGGGGGUGGUCCCGUCCGCCCCUCGUUUCGCGUCGCUUGCGCCGAGUCGCCUGGGGACCGCGGCGGCCCGGGCCGAGAAGGGUCCGCCUCGUCUCUCUCAGCCUGUCCGCGGCUGCGCUCCGUCCGGCCGAGGUGGUCCGGGCCUCGGACAGCCGUGCCCGGCUGGCCCGGGGCCUGCGCACCGGCUCCUCAGGGGGCGUCCGCCGGCUCAGCCCGACGUCCAGAGCGGCCGGGGUGACCUCGCUUCGGGCUCCCGGCCUCGGGCAAGCCCCCGGCGCGCAUGAGGCCGGCCUCGCCCGGUCUUCCUCCACUGCGGGUGCAGUUGCUUUCCCGCCCGGAGACGUGCGGUCCGCCUGUGCUUCCCUCACUUGUAAGACUGCUGCAGAGCGCGGCGGCCGAGUUACCGGGAAGAGCGUAGGCCCAGGGCAGUGAGCCGACUUCGUGAUGUGCGACCACUCGGGACCGAUGUGAAGGACACUGAGGUCAGAUUCGGGCAUCUUCAAGUGCAUUUUGCCGUGUGCAUGUCGGGGGUCUCUGCCGUAGCCGAGUGAGAGCACCGCGCCGAGCUGCUGGCAGACGUGAUGUUUUACCGGCUGCUGUCGGUGGUCCGAAGACAAAGGACCGGCCGAGGAUGGCAGAACUGGUCGUCGGGGAGGAGCGGCGCGUCGGCUGCCGAGGCGCAUUCUGUCGCCCUGCCUGCCCAGGCGCAGGUGGUCAUCUGUGGUGGUGGGAUCAUGGGCACAUCCGUGGCCUAUCACCUCUCCAAGAUGGGGUGGAAGGAUAUUGUCCUUCUGGAGCAGGGCAGGCUGGCUGCCGGCUCUACGAGGUUCUGUGCUGGUAUCCUGAGCACCGCCAGGCACUUGACCAUCGAGCAGAAGAUGGCAGACUAUUCCAACAAACUCUACCACCAGUUAGAGCAAGAGACGGGGAUCCAGACAGAGCCCCUGAUGUGUUCCCUCCUGCGUCUCAUGCCAGACCUGGAGACUCUGGAGAUCCUGAAGUUGGUGAACUGCCCCGAGACCUUCACCCCAGACAUGAGGUGCAUCAUGGGCGAGUCUCCUUCAGUUCAGGGCUACUUUGUACUGGCGGGAAUGAACUCUGCUGGCCUUUCAUUUGGUGGAGGGGCUGGAAGGUUCUCAGAGGAGGGUAAAGACUCACUCCGAUGCCAGCACACGUGUCCAUGAGGCAGAGGAUAAACCAAGCCAGAAAGCAAGGUAGUGUCUCUGCUGCGAGCUUCCAUAUAAGACAAGUAACCACGGCAGGGAACCAGGAUUUACCUGUGGCACGAGUAAGCAGGUGUUCCCAGGGAGGAGAGGGGCCACAGGAGACGGGCAGCCCUGAGUUUUCAUCUGCUUGAGGCCGGUACACUUUGUGUUUCCAGGUUCAAAAAGAAGAGAGUAGAGCCCCUCCCUCAAGAGAGCACAAGAGGUGACGGCGGAUCAUUUCAGAGAGAAAAAGGACCAGCCAUCGUACAGUCUGGGAGUCCAGAUCUGAGGGAUCUCUAGGGAGAGACGAGUGAUCACACAAGGUAAAUGCACGUGGCCUGACUGCCCGGUGUGCAAGGAGACAGGAGUGAGUCACCCCCUUCAGAGUUAGGACCAGAGAGAGAAACUACCCGAUUCACACUGAUGAUGUCUGAAUUAAGCAAGAGAUUUCAAGGGUGUCAAAGUGGCAGAAGCGAAGUGUGUGUCAGGGCCCUCAAUAGACAAGUGAUGCCCCAGGA